AUGUCUGCAACUGUCACACUUUUAUUUGUGGCACUCUCAGAGUUUGAGAAUCGUAAUGUGCAGCUAUUAGCAUGUCAUCAGUUUUACCUGGAAGAGGCGUCCAUCCUGAGCUAUGAUGGCAGCAUGUACAUGAAGAUCAUCAUGCCCAUGGUCAUGCACACCGAGGCAGAGGACGUGUCCUUCCGCUUCAUGUCCCAGCGAGCUUACGGGCUGCUGGUGGCUACUACCUCCAGGGACUCUGCCGACACCCUACGCCUGGAGCUGGACGGGGGGCGCGUCAAGCUCAUGGUUAACUUAGACUGUAUCAGGAUAAACUGUAACUCCAGCAAAGGACCUGAGACCCUGUAUGCAGGGCAGAAGCUCAACGACAACGAGUGGCACACCGUUCGGGUGGUGCGGAGAGGAAAGAGCCUUAAGUUGACCGUGGACGAUGAUGUGGCGGAGGGUACAAUGGUGGGAGACCACACCCGCUUGGAGUUCCACAAUAUUGAAACAGGAAUCAUGACUGAGAAACGGUACAUCUCCGUCGUUCCCUCCAGUUUCAUCGGCCACCUGCAGAGCCUCAUGUUUAAUGGCCUGCUCUACAUUGACUUGUGCAAAAAUGGCGACAUUGAUUACUGUGAGCUAAAGGCUCGUUUUGGACUGAGGAACAUCAUCGCUGACCCUGUCACUUUCAAGACUAAGAGCAGCUACCUGAGCCUGGCCACGCUCCAGGCCUACACCUCCAUGCACCUCUUCUUCCAGUUCAAGACCACCUCAGCCGAUGGCUUCAUUCUCUUCAACAGUGGGGAUGGCAAUGACUUCAUUGCAGUCGAGCUGGUCAAGGGGUACAUACACUAUGUGUUUGACCUCGGAAAUGGUCCCAAUGUGAUUAAAGGAAACAGCGACCGCCCUCUGAAUGACAACCAGUGGCACAACGUGGUCAUCACUCGGGACAACAGUAACACCCACAGCCUGAAAGUGGACACCAAAGUGGUCACUCAGGUUAUCAACGGUGCCAAAAAUCUGGACUUGAAAGGAGACCUCUACAUGGCUGGUCUGGCCCAAGGCAUGUACAGCAACCUCCCAAAGCUUGUGGCCUCCCGGGAUGGCUUUCAGGGAUGUCUGGCAUCAGUGGACUUGAAUGGGCGCCUGCCAGACCUCAUCAAUGAUGCCCUCCAUCGGAGCGGACAGAUAGAACGUGGCUGUGAAGUUGCAUUGACCAAAGCUGACCUGCAAGGACCCAGUACUACCUGUCAGGAAGAUUCAUGUGCCAACCAGGGCGUCUGCAUGCAGCAGUGGGAAGGCUUCACCUGUGACUGUUCUAUGACCUCUUAUUCUGGGAACCAGUGCAAUGAUCGUAAGUACAGCAACCUUUUCCUACUAGAACUUUUUCAAGAUGUUCAGAGGUUUGGAGAAACCUUAGGGGACAUUAUGGAAAAAGAUGGCUUUUCUGAAAAAUUUAUAAGUAAUAAUCUCCCUCAAGAACUUGGAAAAUGA